GGGAGUGCCUGGUAAAAUAAUGAUGAAGUGCUGUUCAGAGCAAUCUAUCAGCAGCAAGCCUCUGACCAGACAUGUUUUAUCCGGCUUUGCUGCAACGUUAGUAUUUGUCUCUCAAAUAAACCAGGCUGUUGCAUCAGAUGCUUCCCAUCAACGAAAUAUUUAUGAGCUUGCAAAUGCCCCUGAAAAGACAGUUACUCUUCCGCUUGAUAAGGGAUCUGAUGAAGGAGGUGAGAAGCUAAUGAUGAUGAGAGGCAUGACUGCAAAUAAUUUCAACCCUAUUAGAUAUUCUGGAAGGUGGUUUGAAGUUGCUUCGCUGAAACGUGGAUUUUCUGGGCAAGGUCAAGAAGACUGCCACUGCACCCAGGGUGUGUAUACAUUUGAUAUGGAGAAACGGGCCAUCCAGGUUGAUACCUUCUGUGUUCAUGGUAGCCCUGAUGGAUAUAUUACUGGCAUAAGGGGAAAUGUUCAAUGCCUUUCGGAAGGAGAUUUGGAAAAAAAUGAGACGGUCCUAGAAAAGCAAGAGAUGAUCAAAGAGAAGUGUUACCUCCGUUUUCCAACAUUGCCAUUCAUCCCGAAGCAGCCAUAUGAUGUGAUCGCAACUGAUUAUGACAAUUUUGCUCUUGUUUCAGGAGCAAAAGAUAGGAGUUUUAUACAGAUUUACUCCAGAACGCCUAAUCCUGGUCCUGAAUUCAUAGAGAAGUACAAAUUUUACUUGGCCAACUUCGGAUAUGACCCAAGCAAAAUCACGGACACCCCACAAGACUGUCAAUCAAUGACGGAUAGUCAGUUAUCUGCAAUGAUGUCCAUGUCCGAAAUGCAACAGGCUUUAACAAAUCAAUUUCCUGCUCUGGAAUUGAAGCGCUCUGUCCAGUUUGAUCCCUUUACGAGUGUAUUUGACACUCUAAAGAAGCUUGUGCAGCUUUAUUUUAAGUAGUCCUGAGCUGAUUAGUCUUGCUCUUCUUGUUCCUUAUCUGUUCUGUUCUUACCAACCAGCCAAAAGAGAGAAUAUGCUGGUGUGCAACUACUUCAAUUACAACUGUACUUUCAUAUCAUCCAUGAUUUUAAUUUAUAAUCUACCUCUAAUUGUACAUCUUGGAAACUAGUCUGGGUUCUUGGCAAUGAGAUCAGCUCUAGGAAAUGUUACACUGUAAUAA